UUUGUUUCUAUCAUACGGAACACAGGCUGUUUGAUGUAAAAACCCACUCUGGUUUGUUUGUGUAUUUAUUGUAUUAAGAAAAAGCAGCCUGUAAGGGAAGAGAAGCCAUCAAACGGUCUGAUCUGCGCAGACAUGAGCGUCACUCUGGAUAUUAGACUGAAAAGAGCAAACAAAGUGUAUCAUGAGGGGGAAACUGUGGCUGGUGUGGUCAUGCUGUUGUGUAAGGAACCCAUGCAGCAUCAUGGCAUCUCUCUCAGCAUGGAGGGGCUAGUCAACCUGCAGCUGAGCUCCAAGAGUGUCGGGGUCUUUGAAGCUUUCUAUAACUCUGUGAAGCCCAUCCAGCUGAUCAGCAGCAACAUUGAAGUAGCCAAAGCAGGAAAAAUCCCAGGAGGCAAAACCGAAAUCCCGUUUGAGUUCCCUUUGCACACAAAAGGCAACAAAGUGCUGUACGAGACUUACCACGGCGUGUUUGUCAACGUCCAGUACACGCUUCGCUGUGACCUGAGGCGCUCGCUGCUCGCCAAAGACCUGAGCAGAAACUGUGAGUUCAUCGUUCACUGCCAGCCACAGAAAGCUAAAAUUGUUCCCACUCCGGUCAACUUCACCAUCACUCCCGACACCCUGCAGAACAUCCGUGAGAGGGGUUCACUGCCCAAGUUUCUGAUCAGAGGUCAUUUAGAUGCCACCAACUGUGUGAUCAGCCAGCCGCUGACCGGAGAGGUGGUGGUGGAGAACUCAGACGUCCCCAUCAAGAGUAUAGAGCUGCAGCUGGUUCGAGUGGAGACCUGUGGUUGCGCUGAAGGAUACGCCAGAGAUGCCACAGAGAUCCAGAACAUCCAGAUAGCUGAAGGCGACGUCUGUCAUGGCCUCCCGAUUCCCAUCUACAUGGUCUUCCCCAGAUUGUUCACCUGCCCAACACUGGAGACCACCAACUUCAAAGUGGAGUUUGAAAUCAACGUCGUCAUCGUGCUUCAUGACGACCACCUGAUCACAGAGAACUUCCCUCUGAAGCUCUGCAGAGUCUAAACAUGUAAUCAGCUCACUGCAGGCCUGCCAACAAACUCCACACAGGGAUGGGACCAGGUCCAGGUCUGCUCCACUACGGCGAUCUGGAGCCGUUUACCAUGCACCAGCUCCUAGGAAGCUUCUCAAGUGGACCAAGGAGACAGAAAUACACGAAACAAGGCAGCGGAAGAUGUUAAAACCCGAGUAAAGAUCACAAUGACAAAUUAUUUACAGCUCUUUUUUCCUCUGCUCCCGGGAAGCCAUCGAACCCUGCAGGCGAAUCUUCACCAGACCAGUUCGACCUGCUCCUGUCUCCCGUUUUCAGGAACGCUUUCAAGUCAACAGAUCAAGUUUGUAAAUGUUCCUUAAUUUAGAGAAGUUUUGUAUUAAUGAUAUUUUGAAGGCGUGGACUGAAGGACGUAUUUACUUUUGUAUGGGUGGAUUAAAUGAGAUCAGUCA